CGUAAUGACUAAAUCGGUGACUUUUAUAACAGUCACAAGAAGGUAAACGAUUGAUAAGUAUUUGUUCAGGAUGUUGUGGGGAUCUUAUCGCUGUCGAAAACCUGACAUUAGAUCAUUUUCGCAAAGACAAGAAACGAAAAUGCUGCGAAUUAUUCUCUCCCUUUUUUCACUCAUUAUUUGCAGUAAUUGUUUCAACAUUGAUACAAAUUUCCCAAUAGUGUACCAAGACACACAAAGCUCAAGCUAUUUCGGCUAUUCGACAAUUCUAUAUCCUGGAAAUCAAAGAUACCCCCCUUGGCUUUUAGUCGGCGCCCCAAAAGCCACCAACCCUUUCACCACUUACAAAAACCCGGGAGCUUGUUUCAAGUGCGUUAUUGGCGAUAAAUGCCACAUUUUUAAUUUCACUGAUGCCUCCACAUCUCCUCCACGUUAUGAGGAAAAGUUAGAUGGUGCCUGGAUCGGGGGAUCGAUGGACAUAAGUUACAAACACGGCCGAGUCGUUGUCUGUGCCCCGCGCUGGAUCAAAAUAAAGAAGAAGAACGGCAAAUACGACGAUUUUCACAUGGAGGGGGCAUGUUAUUGGUUCCACACCAACGACAAUACGACGCAAAAAUUGUUACCACUGUUUGAACCCGAUCACGCUGUGUACUCGUCUGGGGGCGGCGCUGUGUACAAUUACGCGCAAGGAGCGGCCGGAAUUUCCGCUCACAUGCCGGUGAAAGAAAAACACCUGGUUCUGGGGGCCCCGGGCGUCUUCAACUGGGACGGGACGUCGAUUUUGUACACAGACGGCGACAAUCCGUCUCCUGUAGCCAGUCGUUUGCGAAACAAAGUGAAAAGAUACGCCGACAUUGACGAAUUCAGUCACUCCAAUGUGGCAAAUGCUAUGCUAACUUCCCAGACUGUGGCUUACGAUUUGCUGGGCUAUGCCACAACGUCGGGUUAUUUCUACCGAAAGUCGCAGCUUUUGUACGUCACAGCGGCCCCAAGAUCGGACUAUAAAGGCCAAAUUUUGAUUUACAAAUUCGAAGAACAACGUGAAAGGCCGUUGGAUGUGAAAGAAACGAGGUUUGGUCACCAAUUUGGGGAGUAUUUUGGCGGUUCGCUGACUGCAGGGGAUGUAAAUGGUGAUGGGUUGGAUGAUUUGGUCGUGGGGGCCCCAUUUCAUACCACUGGGAAGUUUAACGAAGGGAAAGUUUACAUUUUCUUAGGGAGUGGUUCGGGUUCUUUACGAGUCCCCAAACGAGAGUCCAUCCUCGGAGGGAGUACCAAUGGCCAGUUUGGGAGCACGGUGCAGUUUUUGGGGGACGUGGACCAUGAUGGGUUUGGAGAUGUGGCAGUGGCUGCCCCUUACGAAGAGUCGAAAAGCGGUGUUGUUUACCUAUACAGAGGUUCAAGUGAUGGUUUAAUAACAACUCCUAGUCAAAGAAUUGUUGGUAAAAAUAUUUAUCCCGAAAUACGAGGCUUUGGAGUGAGUAUAUCACGUCCAGCGGAUAUUGAUACCAACAGCUACCCAGAUAUUGCAAUUGGUGCGUAUUUAUCGGGCCAUGCUGUAGUUUUACGUUCACGUCCAGUGGUCACAAUUUACCAAGAGUUAAAAUCGUUCUCACAACAUUUGGAUUUUAAGGAAAAACGGUUCAAAGUACGGGCUUGUUUCUGGUAUAGACUGGACGAACUAGACCCGCCUCUAAUAUCAAUCACGAGGUAUUUAUUGGUUGAUCAAGAUUUGGGAAGAGCCCACUUGGAAGGAAAUUCCGUUAAAACCAUUAGUUUGAAUCAGAAUCGACAACACUGCGAAAAUUUCACUAUAACACUUCAAGAUUCGUUUUCAAAUCGUUAUAACCCGAUUACAGUCUCUUUGAAACACAAUUUUCUGAUUAGACCUGAGACGAAAAAAAUUCUUUUGGUCGGUUCUAAUUCCCUAUCAGAUGAUAUGUUUUGUCCCAGAUGCCCCGUCUACAACAAACACGAUUCGGUUUCUUCAAGCAUAAUCGAAAUUCCCUUCGCUUUGGGUUGUGGCCCUGAUAAUAUUUGCAAAGCGAGUUUAGAGUUUACAUCACACUUAAUUGAUUUCGGGAACACCGAGGAAUUUAUUUUGGGCUCGAAAAACUACAUAACUCUAGAAACUGUGGUAAGAAAUUUAGGCGAACGGGCGUAUUUGACACAAUUGGAAGUGGAAAUACCCAAAAUUGUGACUCUCCGAAGCAUACCGUCGACUUGUGCCCAACAGAAUUCGUCGGUUUUGUGUUCCGUCGAUAAUCCUCUGGAAACUAACAGUCUGAAGAAAAUUACGCUAGAAUUGGAUAUGACGACUGUGAAUAGCGGAAAAUACGACGAUUUCCUGAAUUUCACGAUCAAAAUAUUCACCAGCAGUGAAAAUGACCAAGAAAAUGUUAAACAACUCGUUGUAAAACUCGGUCGAAGAGCUGAUGUUACUAUUACUGGUAAAUCGGAGGAGCAAAGCUACUCGUAUAAAAACCUAACACAAGGGCGGUCUUUCGCCCAAACCUACCAGGUCCAGAAAUUUGGAAGCAGUCCUUUGAACGAAAUAUCUAUCGAAAUUAAUGUUCCCCAUAUUUUGGGGCAUGAAAUUUUUAUCAAUUUGUACCAACCGGUGGGAACUCUAUCCGGCCAAAAACUCACGUGUUCGAGUAAUUUCACGUACAUUGUGGACAAUAAUCAAGAAUUUGGCGUCCUGGAGGACGAUAAAGUUCGCUCAAAACGUUCCUUAUCCCAAAUUGAAGUUUUCAACAAAUCGGCGAAAGUUAGGGAAAGAAUUACAGACAGCACUUUUGACGCGUUACAAAAUCGCACUUUUUACAUCAACUGUUCAACACCUGGAGUGACUUGUUCAAGGGUUGUGUGCUCCGGUGGUCCUAUUGAUUCCUACCAGACGGCAACACUAAAAUUGCAAAUGUUUUUUAACACCAGUGCAAUCAAAGAUUUGUUUGGCAAAAAGGAUGUGAUCCUGUUUGCGACUCAAGGGCGGGUUCUGGUGACAAGUCCCGCGAAUUUUGUGCAAAGUGGCGGCAGGACUGAUAAUUUUGAUGUGGUUUCGUUAUUUAUUGGGGAGACGAUUGAGGAAAAGGUGGAGCUUUGGAUCAUUAUUAUCUCUGUUAUUGCGGGUUUAUUGCUACUUUUGCUGGUCAUUCUGGGCCUUAUUAAAGCCGGAUUUUUCAAAAGAACUAAGAAGGAGGAAUUGGAACAGCUCAGGCUGGAGAUGGAAUUCAACCAAGGUGGGCAUUCAAAUACGAUGGAGACCCUAGACGACGGAGAAACGGAGGAAGAAAUUUCAUAAUUUUGUAUUCAUUUAAUUGCAAUUAGUGCUAAUUUUAAUUUUAUUAAAAAUUAAAUUAAAUAAAAAUAUCCGAUAAUA